AUGUUAGACGGAGCAGUCAGAUCUGGCCAGGCCUACAAGAGGAGUCAAAGAGGGGCAGAAAACUAUGUGCCUCCUUAUGGGAGAAAGGGACAGAAGGUCACAGAAGCCGGGAAGUGGUGGACAAGAACGGGCCAGACCCCACAACCCUGCUCUUUUGUUUGCCCUCGCUGUCCCAUCACAGGGCUGGAAGUGGCCCUCACUGACCUCCAGAGCUCCUGGAACAAUGUGCGGCACCGUACGGAGGAGAUCAGCUCCAACCGCCUCCUUGUUCGCCGGGGCCAGGCCUUCAACAUCACCCUGUUCUUCAGGAACCGGGCCUUCCAGCCAGGCCUGGACAACAUCAUCUUUGUGACUGAGACUGGACCGCUGCCAGAUCUGCCCAAGGGGACUCGAGCCGUGUUCAGCCUGGCUGGUCACCGUGGCCCCAGCCCCUGGAUCGCCUCACUGCAGGCCAUCGGGGCCAAUUCCCUGGAGGUGAGCCUGUGUGCCCCUCCUGUGGCAGCUGUGGGUCGGUACCUCUUGAAGGUUCACAUCAAAUCCCUACAGGGGCCUGUCACAGCCUACCAGCUUGGGGAGUUCAUCCUGCUCUUCAAUCCCUGGUGCCCAGAGGAUGCUGUCUACCUGGAGAGUGAACCCCAGAGGCAGGAAUAUGUCAUGAAUGAUUAUGGCUUCAUCUAUCAAGGGAACAAGAACUGGAUCCGCCCCUGCCCCUGGAAUUAUGGACAAUUUGAAGAGAAUAUCAUAGACAUCUGUCUGGAGCUGCUAGACAAGAGCCUGAACUUCCAGAUCGACCCAGCCACAGACUGUGCCCUACGGGGCAGUCCUGUCUACAUCAGCAGAGUGGUGUGCGCCAUGAUCAACAGCAACGAUGACAGUGGGGUGCUCAAUGGAAACUGGGGCGAGAACUACUCAGACGGCACCAGCCCCACAGAGUGGAUGGGCAGCGUGGCCAUCCUGAAGCAGUGGCACGCCGCGGGCUGCCAGCCAGUGCGCUACGGGCAGUGCUGGGUCUUCGCUGCUGUUAUGUGCACAGUGAUGAGGUGCCUGGGGAUCCCCACCCGAGUGAUCACCAACUUCGACUCUGGCCAUGACACAGACGGAAAUCUGAUCAUUGAUGAGUAUUAUGACAACACAGGCAGGAUUUUGGAGAAUAAGAAGAAGGACACUGUCUGGAAUUUCCAUGUGUGGAAUGAGUGCUGGAUGGCACGGAACGACCUCCCACCUGGAUUUGGAGGCUGGCAGGUGCUGGAUGCCACACCUCAGGAGACAAGCAAUGGCCUCUACUGCUGUGGCCCUGCCUCCGUCAGAGCCAUCAAAGAAGGAGAGGUGGAUCUGAACUACGACACAGCCUUCGCCUUUUCCAUGGUGAAUGCUGACUGUAUGGCCUGGCUGGUCUUUGGAGGGAAGGAGCAGAAACUUCACCAGGACACCAAUACUGUUGGCAAUUUUAUCAGCACCAAGAGCAUCCAGAGUGAUGAGCGGGAUGACAUCACGGAAGACUACAAGUAUGCAGAAGGUUCUCUCCAGGAGAGGCAGGUGUUUCUGAAGGCUCUUCAGAAGCUGAAGGCUGGAAGGUCCCCAGGCUCUCUCCGAGCAGAAUCGCGACCUAGGUCCGUGCCACUGAGCGACAGUCCGCGGAGCCUGGCUACUCCUUCUCUCCAGCCCAGUAAUGUUGUCCAGGUCUCCCUGAAAUUCCAGCUGCUCGACUCGCCCGACAUGGGCCAGGAUAUAAGGUUUGUCCUGCUGGCCCUCAACAUGUCGCCCCAGUUCAAGGACCUCAAAGUGAACCUGAGUGCCCAGUCUCUGCUGCAUGAUGGCAGCCCCCUGAUCCCAUUCUGGCAGGACACAGCCUUCAUCACACUCUCUCCUGAAGAAGCAAAGACCUAUCCCUGCAAAAUCCCCUAUUCCCAGUACAGCCAGUACCUGUCCACAGACAAGCUGAUCCGCAUCAGUGCCCUGGGUGAAGAGAAGAGCAGUCCCGAGAAGAUCCUGGUGAACAAGAUCAUCACCUUAGCCUAUCCCAGCAUCGUGAUUAAUGUUUUAGGAGCAGCCAUUGUGAACCAGCCGCUCUCUAUACAGGUGGUAUUUUCAAACCCCCUCUCGGAGCAGGUUGAAGACUGUGUGCUGACUGUGGAAGGAAGUGGUCUCUUCAGGAGACAGCAGAGAGUCCUCAUUGGAGUCCUCAAACCCCAUCACAAAGCCAGCCUCACUCUGGAGGCUAUCCCCUUCAAGAGUGGCCAAAGGCAAAUCCAAGCGAAUCUGAGGAGCAACAAGUUUAAGGACAUCAAAGGUUACAGGAACGUCUAUAUAGACUUUGGGUUAUAA